GUGGGAGGGGCGUCAGUUGUGACAACACUGUUACUAUGCUUUAAGCUUUUCAAACAGUCAUUGAGCCAUAGAGUUUAGAUUCCUGGUGCCAAACAUUGCAUGUAGUUUCCCUAUCUGCCUGGAUGGGUAUUCAGUUGACUUGCUACCUGUUCCACAUUGCCUAACUACUUUUCAACUACCAGUCAAACUGGAACAGCAAAACAUGGAUACCAGGUUGGGUGUUUCAACAGUGCUUUUUCUUCUCUGUCCUGGCAUCGCCUUCUUGCAGCCAGUGGAUCCAUCCUACCAGUGUUCUGCACUCUGCGAAUACACUGAAUGGGCUCUGGAUGCUGACUGCAGGAACCGUGACCUGACCUCAAUCCCCGUCCAGUGCAGCGAUGUCGAGACCCUUGACCUCCGACACAACCAAAUCAGAGUUCUGCCUUCUGGAGCGCUUGAGGGUUUCUCCAACCUUCGUUACCUGGACAUUGAGAUGAUGGAGCUGGAAACCAUCAUGCCUGGGGCAUUUAAGGACAACGUCAAUCUCCUCCACAUUUAUGUUCAAAUAAAUCACCUCACAGUGAUCCAGAGUUUCACCUUCAAGGGUGCGCCCAAUCUUAAGCAACUUUUUCUGAACAGCAACAAAAUCCGAAUCCUGGACCCCAGGGCAUUUGCUGGCAUUCCACAACUUGAAACUCUGUUUCUUAGUGACAAUAAUAUUUCUGACAUCUCUUCGGAUCUGUUCCGUAACUUGACCAAACUCCGAUACCUGUACCUUGAAAACAACCACCUUUCCACAGUCCCUGAAGGUGCUUUUGCUGGACAGAGCAAUCUCAGACACCUUAGCCUGGCUGGUAAUAAGCUCACUCACAUUCCCAAUGUGCUUUUCGAAGGUUUGAAGCACCUGAGGGCCCUCAAACUUUCCUACAACCAAAUCAUCUCUGUAAGUCCUCUCCCUACCUUGCCCAGACUCAGUCAUGUUGACCUCUACAACAACCAGCUCACCUCAGUCACAAACCUGACAAGCAUCCUCAAAGUGUCCAAGAGACUCCGCCGGUCAAACUGGACAAAAAAAUUCACCACGGUUUUCCUGGCCAAAAAUCCACUGAACUGUGACUGCGAGAUGGAGCCGCUGCGCAUCUGGAUGCAAGUGUACCAGGAGGAGAUUGGCAAACAUCAUCGGGCGAAUGCAACGUGCGCCUUCCCGGCUGAGCUCACUGACGUCAGUCUUUGCCACCAACAAGCUCCCUUCUGCCCCAUACAGACAAGCACCCAGUCAUCCAUGGACCACGCUAAGACUGUAACCCUGACCAGACUACAUACGCAGCCAGUUGACAUCUCUGUAACCCUGACCAGACUACAUACGCAGCCAGUUGACAUCUCUGAAAACACUCCCCUCACGGCCAUCACCAUAAUUGUUGUGUGUAUCUCUAGUGUGGUCUUGCUGGUGUUGGUCAUUUGGACAGUGUACAUGAAAUGUACUGGGGGUUUAAUCCCACACACACAGCAUAAUUCCAAGGAAGGGUACAGCAGGUCACCAAAUAGUGAUCCAGUGAAUAUUACACAAAAUCCCACGUAUGGGCGGGGAAAGUAAUGCUCUGCACACACUGCAUGUGACUAUGUUUGAGAGGUGCAAAAUCUUUCAAAUGUACAUGUACAUGUACUUCCUUUCACAAUUAGUAAUUGUGAAAGGAUGGGUUGUAGUGUUGUAGUCGAGUACUUUUUUCCGAGUACCAAGUACUGCCGAGUAAUUUGACCGCCGAGCACAGAGACAGGCUGAGUACUUUGCCAGCAGAGUACCAGUACUGGUUUCUGAGUACAAGUACUUGUUUUGCACUUCUGAGUACCAGUACAAGUACAAGUACUUCUAAUUCCGAGUAACAGUACAAGUACUUCUAAUUCCAAAGUAGUUUUAUCUUACUUUAGAGAUUCUAAAACCUGCCACUGGGUAAAAGAAACACCGAAUGCAGAUGACAUGGCUACAAGAACAAGUGAUCUGGCUAGCAAUGUCACGGUCACUACAUGU